GCCCCGUCCCCGCGUCGGCCAGGUGGGGCGGGGCGGGGCAUCUUCUAGCAGUCCGUCACCAGGUGUUGUAGUCGAGCUAACAUUACCAUGCAUUCGGCCGCCGUGACCAGUCGACCCGGAAUAUUAACAAGGGUAAUCCGCUGUGGCAAAAAACUCCCGCCAGCAAAAAACGCGGUAAAAUGUAAAAGAAAUGUGGCAGAAGUUCCCAUAAUUUGCCCAAGUUUGUUCCCCGCGCGCUAAUAUUUGCUGGGUGGAAGUUCUCUACGAGCGAUUUGAUUCUCUGAAAAUUUAAUGCGAGGCCAAACACAUUUAUGGUCUACGUGUUAAAAUUCCCCGCACGUUGAGCGAGACUUUGCGAAUCAUGAUAAAAUGAAUAUUAUAUGAAGCAGAGCCAUGAUAAAUGUUGAAUAUCUCAAGUUUUCCUGGAAAUCUGGAAUAAUGGGCGGCAGGAUAGGUGACGUUAGAUUAUCCUUCAACUCUGACUGUCAAUUUAUUUUAUUUACAACGGUGCGAAGAUGCUAAUCGAGCAGAAGACAAACCCGCUGGUGCAUUCGUUAAAGCAACAUUGCGGUGACUAGUGGGCUGGGAAAAGACUGUCAAUCUCUUGGUCCAGGAAGCUUUGCGGAGGGGCGGCGUAGGUCACCCGAAAGUGAUGGAGUUUGCGAUGCCGUUCCGGGAGCUUCCCUCAACUGUGACUUCUUUUUUCCCGUAGCGGCAGCAGCGUUCUGGCGUUUCCUUUUCACUGAUAGACAGAUAGACAGCCAUUCCUCCGCCGUCUUCCCUCUGUGCCGCACCAGGAGAACGAAAGGGAGUCGCCGCCGCCGCCGCCGCCAGUACCUGCCGCCCUCGCCGCAGCUGUUGCCGCCGUCACGACACCUUUGCUGCCGCACGCCCCGACCAUUGCCCCGCCCCGCCCUGCCCCGCCCCGUCCCGCCAUCCCGGAGAGUGCCCACCGCCCGCUGGAUGAGCGGCGGCCCCCGCGCGGCGCGGCCCCGCGGGGACUGACGCAGCGCGCCGUUGUGAGGCUGUGAGGCGUCGAGGGGCGGCGACCGUGGCGGGUGAGGCAGCGUCAGCCCGCCCAUGACCAUGCUGGACGGGUCGGGGUCCGGGGCGGGGGCGGGGGCGGGCGCCGGCGUGCAGCGGCGGGGCUCCGCUACGCCCGGCGGUGCCUGCCCGUCCGGCCCUUCGCUCUCACUGCCGGCGGUGGCGCUGGGGAUCGAGCUGAAUGACCUCGCCAACGCCUUAUGACGCCUCGCCUCCUGCGAUGCCACCAUGCCCGAGGGGCCGGCGCCCGACCUGCCGCCGGGCGUCCGUGCUCGGCGAAGCAAUUCAGCACGAGCUUCGCCUCGCCACUCCCCGCGGCACUCGCCCCGCGGGAGCCGCCACGGGUCCCUGCGGCGGGAGGGCGAAGACCCGCUGCCCCCGCUGUGCCCCAUCCACCUGGAGCCCUCGCAGCGCAUAUCACCUCGCUCCUCGCCCCGCGCGUCGCCCCACGGCAGCCGCCACGGGUCUCUUCGGCGGGGCAGCGAGGAGAUAGCCACCAUCUCCUUCCCCAUCCACCUGGAGCCGUCGCCGCGCCCGUCGCCGCGGGGUAGCCGGCACGGGUCGCUGCGGAAGGAGGGAGAUGAGUCUCCGGGCCCCACCCACCUGGAGCCCCGCGUGGUGGUGGCGCUGCCCGCGCGCGUGCACACACUGCCGCUGCCCCUCGGCGACGGGGACUACAUCGCUCUCUCCCCUCUCGGCACUCCCAUGCUGACCACCCCCGUCUCUCCCACCACGCCCACGCCCAUGAUGACACCCACGCCCGCCACGCCCCUCUCACCCGUGCUUCCGAGGAUCAUCUCCACCAACUGGGAGUCGCUGGGAGCCUACGACCCCUACAGGUAGUGCCCGCGCCCUCACCCCCGCCCGCGAGCCCGCCGAUCCUGACCCCAGCCCGCCCGGCCACCGCCACUCUGGAUGUUCAAUGUACUGUCACGCACCCCACCACCCCCUCCCCGCUCGCCGCCCCCACCGUGUUCCCCUCCACGGCUGAGGCUCUGCAGCGCCCCCUCCCCCACCUGUAUGCCACCGUGACGCGGCACACCUGGCCAGCACUCACCUGAAGCAGCGCUGGCCACUUUCCCCAUGUCUGUCCCAACGCCCCUCAGUCGACCGCUACUGGAGUCGAUCUGUCGGGUUUUUUCCUUAAUGGUAUCAGAUCUUCCUGUUUCUCCCUCCCUUGCACUAUGUUCCUGCCCCACUGUCGCCCCACGCCCUGCCACCGUUGCCAUAGGACCAGCUAAGCCCUUACUCACUUUGCUACCACACCUGUUGAACGUUUCGCUGUUGUUGUUGUCGUCGACGUCAUCCUUGUCGUCGUCGUCGUCAACGUCGUCCUGUCAGCGAGGAGAAACAGGUCGUCGUAAGUACUUGCUGGAUCAAAAGUAAAGUUGACGUGCCCUGUAUCGGAUCCCCUUCCUCUCUCUUACCCUCCCUCACUCUCCCUGAUCUUAAAUAUCAUCCAAUCCUUUGCCCGUAUCCUUAAAAGUCCGGAAUUUUCCUCCUCCUCCUCCUCUUCCUCCUCCUCCUCCUCCUCCUCCUCCUCCUCCUCC